UGUGGAGAGUGUCUGGCAGCAGGGCCACACUGUGCUUGGUGUAUUGAGGAGAAUUUUCUAGAAGUGGGUCAGCACGUUUGGGAGCGCUGCGACACAGCCAGGGCACUGCUGAAGAGGGGUUGUCCUCUUCAUCGCCUGGAGGACCCCAGAGGUUCCACUGUCCUUCUGAAAAACCAAAAGAUCACCUUCCACCCUAAUGAACAAAGACACCAACAGCAGUACCAACAUGUCACCCAACUCCAGCCUCAGACUGUCCUGCUGCACCUCAGGCCAGGAGAACACCAGACCUUUGAGGUUAAGUUCAAACGUGUAGAGGAUUACCCCAUAGACCUGUACUACCUGAUGGACCUCUCCUUCUCCAUGGAGGAUGACCUACCCAACGUCAAGAAGUUGGGGGCAGACCUCAUGGAAGAGAUGAGGAAUACAACCAGUGACUUCAGAAUGGGCUUUGGUGCAUUUGUGGACAAGACAGUGAUGCCGUACAUCAGCACUGCGGAGGACAUGCUCAGGAAUCCCUGUAAGAGGACUGAGCCCUGGCCCUGUGCUCCUCCCUUCAACUACCACCACAUCCUGAGCCUCACCACCAACGGAUCCCUGUUCACAGAGCUGGUCGGGGAGCAGCGGAUCUCUGGCAACCUGGACUCACCAGAGGGGGGUCUGGAUGCCCUGAUGCAGGCUGCGAUGUGUGAGGAAGAGAUCGGCUGGAGGAAUGUGACGCGUCUGCUGGUGUUCUCCACAGAUGCUGGCUUCCACUUUGCUGGGGAUGGCAAACUGGGUGGCAUUGUACUUCCAAAUGAUGGAAAGUGUCACUUGUAUAAAAAUGUGUACACCGGAGGAAAUUCACAGGAUUAUCCCUCUGUGUCUCACGUCGCCGAAACACUAAGACAGAAGAACAUCCAGAUCAUCUUUGCUGUCACUGAAGACGUCGCACACUUGUACGAGGGCCUAAGAAGCAUCUUCCCAAAAUGUGCAGUUGGAACACUUUCCAACAACUCCCACAACAUCCUGCAGAUAAUAGUCGAAGCGUAUAAUGCACUGACCUCUGAGGUUGUUAUGGAGAACAGCAAGCUGCCGCCGGGCUAUCACAUUUCUUACACUUCACACUGUAAGGACCACAAGCAGAGGCGAGGGGAGCAGGGGAGGAGGUGCUCCAACAUCCUCGUCGGAGAUGAGGUGAGCUUUGAUGUAAGCAUUACAGCACCUCUGUGCGUGACUGCUUCACAAAGACCAUCCCGUGUUAUUAUUAAGCCCCAAGGCUAUAGUGAAGAAGUUGAGGUCCUGCUGAGCCCCAUAUGUAACUGCUCAUGUCAAAAGGAUGUAGUCCCACACAGUGCUUCAUGUAGCCAUGGAAACGGCACUCUGGAGUGUGGCGCGUGCAGAUGUAAAGAGGGGAGAGUUGGAACAUGGUGCGAGUGUGAUCAAGCAAAGUCGGGCAAGGUGCUUGACUCAUACCAUUGUCGACAUGAUAAUGCAUCAGAAGUGUGCAGCGGACAAGGAGAGUGUGUUUGUGGGAAGUGUGUUUGCCGUAAGAGCAGCAAAAAGCCCAACCAUACCUACUAUGGGCAGUUCUGUGAAUGCAAUGAUUUCAGUUGUGAUCAGUACCGAGGACGGCAGUGUGGAGGGCAGGGCCGGUGUGUCUGCGGGGUGUGCAAAUGUUUUCCAGGAUUUAGUGGUCGAGCAUGCGAGUGCCCUCUCAGCAUGGAGUCUUGUCUGUCACAGAAUGGAAAGGUUUGUGCGGGCAGAGGGGUCUGCCACUGUGGCACAUGCAGUUGCCACGACAACCGCUUCCAAGGUCCGACUUGUGAGCUUUGCCCCUCUUGCCCCAGCAUCUGCACCUUGCACAGACAAUGCAUCUUCUGCAGGGCCUUCUCACUGGGUUUAAAUCCAAGGGAGUGUGAGAUUAAUUGCGCUGAUCUAAACUUCACUCUGGUAAGGCAGGCUGGUGUCUUGUCAACAGAAUCCCCCUCUCCAGGUCUUCACAGGUGUAUGGAAAUGGAUCCAGAGGGCUGCAGAGUCCACUUCCUGCUGAGGACUGGACUAAAAGAAGACUCUGUCCACUUUCAUGUAGCUGUUAAAAGAGAAUGCCCAUCAGGUCCUAACGUGAUCCUGAUUACCGCAGUGCUAUCAGCCUCUGUUGUGGUGCUGGGUGUGGCUCUGUUGCUGCUAUGGAAACUACUCACCAGCAUCCAUGACCGCAGGGAGUUUGCCCGCUUCCAGAAGGAGCUGGAGCAGAGACGCUGGAACAGGAGGGACAACCCCAUCUACAGGAGUGCCAUCACGACGACUGUCAACCCAAAAUAUAAAGAGCAGUGA